CUCCGUAGGGGGGUGAUGUGGCGUCUAAACGCACAAUGCCACCUGGCAACACGAGUUGUUAGGUGGCAACACAAGUCGCAGGGUGGCAACACAGAACCACUUCACCACCGGCGACAAGCACGCGCACACGCCGCUACUAAUUGUUUAAUGGUUGCUACUAUUACCCAUUGUAAGACAUAUUAUAACAAGCAAUAAAGAAGUACAUACAACAUCAAGAAUUCAGUCAUUAACGUCCCAUGACGAACCCCACACUGUAUUAUAAUUCGUAGAACAUCUUAGUAUAUAUGAAGAACUGAAGAACCAUCGAUAUACAUGUACUCGUACUUGUCAUUGUUCUCAAUGUACUCGUCAAUAGUGAAGACAGACUGUAAAUUCAACGAACUUCUAUGGUAGGUAUAUGGCCAAUUUAUAGUUAUCCAGUUUUUCUUGUUAUUAAAAACUGAAUAUGUCAAAUAAUGUACUGUCAAGUGUCACUUGUCACAAUGACAUUUCUCAUCCCAUGUCAACAAUAACAACAAUUAUUUUCAUUGGAUUGGAUUUAUGAGUAAUGUUUUUAUAAACGUAAACUGAGUUAAACAAUGAGUGUUCAAGAUAAAUUAAAACCGUAUUUGAAAAUACUAAAAAUUACAUCUAUACUGGGAAGUGGGGGUCUAUUUUUCGCCUAUCACAUUAGCAAGACAUACAAAUCAAUGUGUAAGGUAGUUAACACUAGUGUUUUAGAUAGAGAAAAGAAGCAUACGCCGGAGUAUAUUUACAUCGACGACCCCACUUAUAAUGUAAGAUUGAAAAUGGAGCAAAGCAAAGAAUCGCGGCAGUCAGUUGGUUUCUCGAGAAUCUGGAAAAGCCUCAAACAUUCGUUAGCGUUGAGGUUGCUAUGGCUAUGCCGCCACGGGAAUAGAGAGCAGAGAAACAUCGCGCUAGAACAAUUAGCUGCAUUUAAAAAUAAUAAAAAGUGGGACUGUUUGAAGCUUGCCCAGGCCUUAGAUAAAAACACAGCAGUGUUACUGGCUCGUACUAGGGGAGCUGACUUGCGAUACUUUCUACCUCCGCCUAUUCAUGUUAGAAGAGCGGCGUUAACAUCUGAACUUCUGUCUUUCAAAUUCCGAGAUAUGGUAUUAAUGGUACAAAGCAUUAACCCGCAUAGCUGUAUUCAACAUUUCCUAUCAAAGUAUUUUGCCAAUGUUCAAGAACAAGCCAUGGAGGCAGACAGUAUUCCAGCUAAACCGGACAGUAUAACUGAAAAAGAUCUAUGUAUUUUGUGUCUUGAUGCUCUACAUCAUCAUAUAAGUCUUUUUCAAAUGAAUAAUUAUGAGGAAGAUUGUUCAACUGUAGCACUGAUGAAACUGGGCCUUUUGCCAAGAUUGGCUGAGUUAUUAUUAAGAAACAAAAAUGAUGUAGACAUAGAUUUGGCUGUGCUCAAAAUCCUUACAGUAUUAAGUGUACAUACUAAUUUAUUAAAAGACUUUUUUGAAAAUGGUCUGAUAAGAGAAUUGUCCCGCCUUGUUAGGUCUAAAGAUGUUCGUCUAUCAAGUUCUGCUGCAGUUUGCUUAGCAAAUUUGUCUGGAGAGUAUCUUUACAGACCUGGACUUUAUCUUCUACACCCUUUAUAUAGGACUACAACACCCCACUCUUGUGACACUCUUUUGGUGCAUGGUUUGAGAGGUGGAGUAUUUGUAACUUGGAGGCAAAGGGAUAAAAAAUGUGCUGAGCCCAUUGGUAUAAUUGAAGUUACUAUUUCUGAUGUUGACUGUGAUCCUUGUGAAGAGCAAUCCUCUGAUGUCAAAUAUAUUGAUCCGGAACUUCAGCAGGUGAUGGAAGAUCUGAUAGAAUUAGAUGAUGAAGCUUUAUUGUCCGACCUUGAAGUCGUUCUGCAUGAUCUCCCUAUAGAGGCUAAACGCGAACCAUUGAGUGAUUUUACAUAUACUGCUAACAAAAAACGCAUAGCCCUCAAACAAGAAGAGUAUGAUAAGUGUAAUUACACUUUCUGUUGGCCUAAAGAUUGGCUACCAAAAGACUGCAGUAAUUUAAGGAUAUUAGGUGUCAACUAUUGGAGCUCACUAUCAGAAUGGCUUGAACGAUGUCCCCUACAAACUGCUGAUAUAGCAAGGAGAGCUGCAGAUCUUGGCCCUACCUUAAUAGAUGCUGGGGUUGGGAAAAAGGAUAUACCUGUUGUGUGGCUAGCACACUCAAUGGGUGGACUCAUAGUUAAACAAUUACUUAUAGAUGCAGCUCAUGGUACCGAUAAAGAUUAUAAAAAGCUGUCAGAUAAUACUAAAGCAGUAUUAUUUUUUAGUACUCCUCACAAAGGCAGUGCGUUGGCGACUAUGCCUCGUGCAGCUGCAGCAGUGCUUUGGCCAUCCAAUGAUGUGCGGCAACUCCAAGAAAACUCACCAGUGUUAUUGAACUUGCAUAAUGCUUUCAUCGAAAUUGCAGAUGUACAUGGUUGGGAAACAAUCAGUUUUGCUGAAAUGAUGCCUACACUAGUCACCGCUUUCAAAGUUCCUAUACAUUUUGUUGAAUCAUUUUCUGCAGAUUUGGGGCGUGGGACAUUCUAUCAACUGCCUUUAGAUCACCUAUCAAUAUGCAAACCAGCAACUCGGCAAUCAGUUUUAUAUACAACCGUUUUAGAUGUUUUACAAAGGGUAACAUCAAAGGAUGUUGAUUUGAAAUACCCUAAUCCUUUCAUACACAAUAUUAUGGAUUGGAUUUGGUGGGUACUGAGAAAACAUGCUCAGAAAAUAAUGGAGUCUAUUGAUGAAGCUCAGGCCAAUGAUGGACUGCGUUGGUUUGAAAGAAUAUUACUUGAUGCUUUUACAGAUGGGUUUACAGAUUAAUGAAUUGUUUAAUAGUUAUUUUUAAGAAAAUUACUGGUUAAUUUCUUUUUAAAUUAAUUUAUUUAUUUAUUAUAGAAACUCAUGUAUUCCA